UGCCUGAGCCAAGUAGCGUGUGGCCCCGUGGUGGCCCAGGGCUCUUCUGAGGGCUCCGGACUGCAACACCCGUCCUCUGGUAAAACGGGCAAAGAGGGGCAUUGAGCAUGAGGAGUAUACCGGUUUGAUAGUAACGAGGCAGUAAUAAGUAAUCUCAUUUACCAGAGGACCGAGCGUGUGUUUUAAGACCGGGAAUUAUUUUGGCAGCCUGUAAGCCUGUCCCCUGAUAAAGACCGGGAUCAGUUAGGACCAAGGACUGACACACAUUUUCCUCGCUGUCCUGCGUGUUUGCUGAGACCUUGGGUGAAGGAGAUCCAUGAGGUACAGGCAUGUGCUAGAAGAGCACCGGGCUGCAGGUUCCUGUAGCCCACAUCGCUUGGGCCCCAGGCUCUAGAGUAAACCUCGUUGGGAUCUACGCAGAGCCACAAAACACCGCCCCAGUCAGUUUAAACAAACCCUCUUCUAGGACACAAAGAAGCUGACUGAAUGGCAGAUAUGUGAUUCACGGCCUCUCCAGCAAAAAGAUUGGGAACAGUUUCCACAUUGGUGCAAGAGCCCCACAGGAUGCAAAGAAGAUGAAGAUGGAAGGAAUCUGAUACUGGCUCUGAUACAGGCACUCUUUUCAAACAAAUGGAGAAACAUGGAUUUCAGAAAAUACGGGCUGUUUAUUUGGCUUGUGGGUGUCAGCUGUGUUAGCUUAUGGUUUUACAGCAAUUUCCCCAAAUUCUGUAUAUUCUGUGAAAACAGCCAAAAUGAGGUACUCCCCAAGAAGAAUCUCAGGACAACCAGAGGAGACUUCUUGCAGCUCCCAGAUAUAGACUGCCAAGAGAACCCGCCUUUCCUCGUGCUGCUUGUGACAUCCUCGCACGACGACAUCAACGCCAGGAUGGUCAUCCGGCAGACCUGGGGGCAGGAGAGAACAGUGGCCGGCAAACGCGUGGUGGCAUUUUUCCUCCUAGGAAGCACUGUGAACCUCAGGCAGCAGGCUGCUAUUGCUGCUGAAAGUCAAAAGUACAAAGACAUCAUUCAAAAGAAUUUUACAGAUACAUAUUACAAUUUGACUUUGAAGACCAUGAUGGGAGUGGAAUGGAUUCACAGAUUUUGUUACCAGUCCAGCUUUGUGAUGAAAACUGACACAGAUGUAUUUAUCAAUGUUUUUUAUCUCACUGAGCUGCUUCUAAGGAAAAAUAGGACCACUAGACUCUUCACAGGCUUUUUAAAACUGCACGACUCCCCCAUACGGAACAGACAGAGUAAGUGGUAUGUGAGUAGAGAAGAAUAUCCAGGAAAGACCUACCCGCCGUUUUGUUCUGGGACUGGUUAUGUUUUAUCCACUGAUGUUGUUAGUCAGAUCUAUAAUGUUUCAAAGAGCAUUUUGUUCAUUAAAUUGGAGGAUGUAUUUAUAGGACUGUGCCUUGACAAAUUAAAAAUUAGGCCGGAGGAGCUUCAUUCAGAGCAGACCUUUUUUCCAGGAAAGAUUAAAUUCUCUGUUUCUGUAUUUAAGAAAAUUGUGCUGUGCCAUAAAGUAAAUCCAUCUGAGCAGCUGACGUAUUGGAAUAGCUUAGUGGCAUCAUAUCAUGGAGGAGUGCCCUAGCACCUUCCCUGUUUGAAUUAACAAAUGGAAAUGCUCUUUACUCCAGCAAAACUCCUGAUUAACUCUAGAUCCAUCAAGUUAAAGACUCUUUUAAUGGUUACUUUAAUCUCCAUUCCUGCCCAACCCUCUUUCUCUCCCAUUCACUCCCACCUCUUUUCAUAUCUUCUCUACACAAGUUACAAGCAUUAAUUUUUUUCUGAAAGAUGCAGGCCUGCAAACCCGUCCUGCAAAUCUUGCUGCUAUGGGACAGGGAAUGCUUCUGCAGUGCCAAACUAAAAGUCAAAGUACUUUUCUUCAAGGAGGAAAAUCUGCACCCUCUUCCUGGUCAACCUGCACCUCUUCCCAAGUCACGGAAGGCAAAAACACAGGCUCUGCAAAUGAAGAACUGCCCACAGUAUGAGAUCAGGUUCAAGACCUCUUAAGGAACUGGAAGGUACAUAAGUCCACGGGUUCUGAGGGAGCUGGCAGAAAAAGUUGCUAAGCUGCUUUCCAUCAUAUUUGAGAAAUCAUGUCAAUGUGGCAAAGUUCCUGCAGACUGGAAAAAGGGGAACAUAACCCCGAUAUUCAAAAAA